AUGGCUCCUCAGUACGCACCGAGUCUGCGCUCCCGUCUGGCACCUGUGCUGCUUUUUCUGCAGACAGGGUUCAUUGUCAUAUAUGCCUUUUACACCGAGAUUGAAAGCAAUGUGAAGGUAGAUGGAACUGCUUUCAGGAACUUUUAUCCAGAGUUCCAGGAUGUGAAUGUGAUGGUGAUUCUAGGUUUUGGCUUCCUGUGCACUUUUCUAGUGCGGUAUGGUUUCAGUGGUGCUGGGUUCAACCUCCUUGUCGCUGUCAUGGCCACCCAGUGGGCAAUCGUACUCAAUGGAAUUGAGUCCUGGUAUUACAGAGGAAAGAUCAGGAUCGAUUUGAGAAGCAUAGUGGUUGCUGAGAUGUGCACAGCCUCUGCCCUCAUUUCAAUCGGAGUGGUGGUGGGAAAGACUAACCCUGUCCAGAUUGUCCUCAUCGCCCUGCUGGAGGUGUCAGGGUUUGUCCUGAAUGAAUGGCUCCUCCGCACUCUGCUGAGGACCCAGCCUCUGAACAGCAUCAUGCUGCUUCACAUCUUUGGGGCCUUCUUUGGGCUCAUGCUGACCUGGAUCCUGUAUCGGAGAGGAUCCGAGCAGCCAUUUGAAAAAGAGAAAUCUGACCGCAGAACAGGGUUGUUCUCCAUGUUGGGGACUGUGUUUCUCUGGAUGUUUUGGCCCAGUUUUAACUCAGUCCUUGUGGACAGUCAGGCUCCUGGGGGGAAGCUGGGGGCCGUGUGCAGCACUUACCUGGCCCUGGCUGUCAGUGCUGUAACAGCAGCUGCUGUGUCUGUGCUCUCCAGCCCCAAGGGAAAACUGAACCCGAUCCAUAUGCAGUCAUGCAUCCUAGCUGGCGGUGUUGCUGUUGGGGUUUCUAUGUCCGCUGUUCAUCAGCCAUGGGAGGCAAUGACAAUCGGAUUCACUGCUGCUCUUGUAUCAACCAUUGGAUUCCGAUACCUCAAGAUUCACAUGCAGCUUGCAUUUGAGUGCCAUGACACCUGUGCUAUCCUGAGCACACACGGACUCCCUGGUCUACUGGGAUGGCUAGCACAUCUCCUCCUUCAGAUUAUAGACAGCGAAGAUCACACAUUGGCGAUCCGGUUUGCUGUAUUUCACAUUUGUGCUCUCCUCAUCACCAUCACUAUAAGCCUGUCCAUGGGAAUCCUGACAGGGCUCCUACUCAAGUGGAACUUCUGGAGACCACCACAACACAAGAAAUGUUUUGAUGAUCAGGCUUUCUGGGAGGUAAGCAAUAAAGAUGUUGGCCCAAUCCCAGUCUCCACACUAACAGAGUUUGAGGUGCAUUUCCGCAAAGUCCGUAAGGACUUAGAGCUGUUCUGCUGUAAAAUGCAGCAUGAGGACUAUCCAGCAGACAUUUCGAGCCCUUAUGCGCACUUUCUGUAAGGCUGCUUUUCAGAAAACUUACCAUUCUAAAUGAUAAUCUUUGUUUAUAAAGCACUUUUUUGAAAGUGCUUCACAAGCUAGGAAAAUAAAAUGGACAAUAAAUCACCACAUUUUAAAAGAAAACCGAUAAAAACCAAAUUGGGGUAUAGAAAAUAAGGAACUA